AAAGGCAUAAUCCGCGAGUACGCCCACCUAAUCGUAAACCUUGAACGCCAGACCCCAUCAGGCUUUCCAAAUGAUAUCAAAUCCGUAUUCCUUGAGAUAACACUACUCGACAACCUGUCCCUCAGAUUGCGGUUCACAGACACUAAUAAUAAGCGAUACGAACCACCCAUACCUCAAAUUAAACUGCCGGACUUUCCCGCCGUUUAUGACCCCGUUUAUAUUGUCGAUGUCACCCAAGAAGGUCUAUUAACAAUUGAACGGAAAUCAACCAAAAAACUUAUAUUCCAAACCGAUUUGACCAAACUCAUAUACUCGGACCAAUUUAUUCAGCUCAAAUCUACACUACCAUCCCCG